AUGAGAGAGCCGGCGCUGGCGGCCAGCGCCAUGGCUUACCACCCGUUCCACGCGCCGCGGCCGGCCGACUUCCCCAUGUCCGCCUUCCUGGCGGCGGCGCAGCCCUCCUUCUUCCCGGCGCUCGCGCUGCCGCCCGGCGCGCUGGCCAAGCCGCUGCCGGACCCGGGCCUGGCGGGGGCGGCGGCCGCGGCGGCGGCGGCAGCGGCGGCGGCCGAGGCGGGGCUGCACGUCUCGGCACUCGGCCCGCACCCGCCCGCCGCGCAUCUGCGCUCGCUCAAGAGCCUGGAGCCGGAGGACGAGGUGGAGGACGACCCCAAGGUGACGCUGGAGGCCAAGGAGCUGUGGGACCAGUUCCACAAACUGGGCACCGAGAUGGUCAUCACCAAGUCCGGGAGGCGGAUGUUUCCUCCCUUCAAGGUGCGGGUCAGCGGCCUGGACAAGAAGGCCAAGUACAUCCUGCUGAUGGACAUCGUGGCCGCCGACGACUGCCGCUACAAAUUCCACAAUUCCCGCUGGAUGGUGGCCGGCAAGGCCGACCCCGAGAUGCCCAAGCGCAUGUACAUCCACCCGGACAGCCCGGCCACGGGGGAGCAGUGGAUGGCCAAGCCCGUGGCCUUCCACAAGCUGAAGCUGACCAACAACAUCUCCGACAAGCACGGCUUCACCAUCCUGAACUCCAUGCACAAGUACCAGCCGCGCUUCCACAUCGUGAGGGCCAACGACAUCCUGAAGCUGCCCUACAGCACCUUCCGCACCUACGUGUUCCCCGAGACCGACUUCAUCGCCGUCACCGCCUACCAGAACGACAAGAUCACACAGCUGAAGAUCGACAACAACCCCUUCGCCAAGGGCUUCCGGGACACGGGGAACGGCCGGAGGGAGAAAAGGAAGCAGCUGACGCUGCCCUCCCUGCGCCUGUACGAGGAGCACUGCAAGCCGGAGCGCGACGGCGCCGAGUCCGACGCCUCGUCCUGCGACCCGCCCCCCGCGCGGGACCCGCCGCCGUCCCCGGGGGCGGCGCCCAGCCCCCUCCGCCUGCACCGGACCCGAGCCGAGGACAAGUCGUUCGCCGCAGACAGCGACCCGGAACCCGAGAGGCUGAGCGAGGAGCGCGCGGGCGCGGCCCUGGACGGCAGCCCCCCGCGCCUGCCCGACCCCGAGCGCAGCCGCAGCCGGGAGCGCCGCAGCCCGGAGCGGGGCAAGGGGCCGGCGGAGAGCGGCGGGGACAGCCCGUUCGGCCUGCGGGGCCUGGAGAAGGAGCGGGCGGAAGCCAGGAGGAAGGACGAGGGGCGCAAGGAGGCGGGUGAGGGCAAGGAGCCCGGCCUGGCCCCGCUGGUGGUACAGACGGACAGCGCGUCCCCCCUGGGCACCGGGCACCUCCCGGGACUGGCGUUCUCGGGCCACCUGCACGGGCAGCCGUUCUUCGGGCCCCUGGGGGCCGGCCAGCCGCUCUUCCUGCACCCGGGACAGUUCGCCAUGGGCCCUGGGGCCUUCUCCGCCAUGGGCAUGGGCCACCUGCUGGCCUCGGUGGCAGGCGGCGGCAGCGGCGGGGGCGGGCCGGGGGCCGCCACCGGGCUGGAGGCCAGCGGACUGGGCCCCACCGUCAGCGCAGCAAGCACCGCGCCCUUCCCGUUCCACCUCUCCCAGCACAUGCUGGCAUCUCAGGGAAUCCCGAUGCCCACUUUCGGAGGCCUCUUCCCCUACCCCUACACCUACAUGGCCGCCGCGGCCGCGGCCGCCUCCGCCCUGCCGGCCACCAGUGCCGCCGCCGCGGCCGCCGCCGCCGGCUCCCUCUCCCGGAGCCCCUUCCUGGGCAGUGCCCGGCCCCGCCUGCGCUUCAGCCCCUACCAGAUCCCCGUCACCCUCCCGCCCGGCGCCGGCCUCCUGGCCGCCGGGCUGGCGGCCGAGGGCCCCAAGGCGGCGGGCGGCAGCCGCGAGCCCAGCCCGCUGCCCGAGCUGGCCCUCCGCAAGGGGGGCGCCCAGCCCCGCGGGGCCCCGUCCCCCGGCGGCGCGGCCAAGGAGGCGGCCAGCGAACUGCAGAGCAUCCAGAGGCUGGUGAGCGGGCUGGAGAGCCAGCGCGCCCUCUCCCCCGGCCGGGAGUCUCCCAAGUGA